AACAGUUUUAAACUGACAAUUUGGCGACAGUUGUACUUUCUGGUGUUACUUCACUUGAGGUUUUUCAAAUUUUAUAUAUACAAAAGAUUAUUAGUGUUGUCACGACGUACAUUUUAUCAAUCAAAAGUUUCAAAUACGGAUAAUCUUUAGUAAAAGAUGCAGAAAGAUCAGCCGGAAACACCAAAACUGAGACGAGUUAGAAGGCUACAGAAAGCUACUACACCGGAACUAUUAAGAAGAAACACAACAGUAGAUAUCACAACAAAUGUUCGUGCAAGUAGCUCUCAACAUAGGACGACAAUGGCCCCAAAUGACUUUUCUUUAUCACAAAAUUUUCCAAAGAAAAAAUCUGCAUUGGAUCGUACCUCAGUAUUCCCUACACAAUCAUUGAUGGAUGGAACAAGAAUGAUGGACUCAGAUUGCUCUGAUAUGGAAUUAAAACUUCUUUAUGAUCAGUACUUGCAAAAUACUAUGACAGAAAUAAUCUUGAAAAAAAAAACAGAAGAAAAGGAAAUGUUAUUUUUAUCUCAGUUAGCCACAAUAAGUAAAGAAUAUGAUCACAAUGAGGAGAAAUUAUUUAAAUUAAAAACUAGAGAAAGAGAUAUAAUAAAUUUGUCCAAGAUACAAAAUGAAAUCGAUUCACAGAUUAAUGAUGCAAACAAUUGUACUAAAGAAGAGAAGAAAAAGUUGCAAAAGACAUUGUCUCAGUUAUAUAAUAUUUUAGAACCUCUAGAUGAACUUCGUUGUGAUAAUAUAGUUCUUCCUGAGACACCUGAGGAAUGGGAAAAAACAAAAGAGACUUUAAAAUCAUGUUCAGAGACUUUGAAGCACAUCAUGGAUUUGAUUGGAACAAAAAGUGAAUCAUAUCAACGUGUUAAUAAGGGCGUUAAGGAAUUUGUGCAGACAUUGAGUGAUAUUGAAGAUAAUCAGAAAGAGUUGGAGAACAAACUUUGCAAUCUGCAAGCUCUUGUAUUGAAAACAGCAUCCUUGUCCUUAAUGCAAAUCCAUAAUUGAUAGGUAUUAAAUCAUAUUUAUUCAUAUAUUAUUAUUAUAUAAUAUAUUUGAGGAUUGCUCAUUUAUGCACAAACAUUAUAUAUUUGUAAUAUCUAGUUUAUAAGGAAAAGAUUGCUAAGCAUCAUGGUUAUAUGUUUAUAAUAAAAGCUAAAUUAAAAUUUUA